AUGGCACCCAACCUCUUCGUAGCCACUCAAAAGGCCUUUGCGCCGCACAAAUGGUUCAAAUCAAACAAGAUCGAUCAGUCAAGGGUCGUUGAAGAAUGGUCCAGUCCAGUACCCGGACAGUACGAGAGCAUCCCCGGUCGAGGCUGGUUCCUGAUCGCAACUCUCAAGGACGAAUCCAAACCAGAAAGCAACCCCAAGCCAUCUGUAAAGUCGUCAAACGGCAAGGAAUACACUCCACUGGACCAACCUGUUCCACUCAAGUACUCUCAUGCCAUCGGCCGUUACUUCCUGGAGCCUGAGUUCAACAAGCGAAAGAAGACCGUCAUGGUCAAGAACGACAAAGGCAAAGAAGUCAAGGCCGGUUUCUUCCGGGUUGACGACGUGGCUUGGGUCAGAUGCUGGGACGAAAACGACACUUUCAUCCCUGGUAACGCAAACGGCGCUGCGGGUUAUCAACGGUGGGUUCUCGAUCAGCAGACCCAACAGUUUCGUCACAUGAUCAAGCGCGAUGACCCCAACUACGUCCGGUCUCGAAAGAACUCCCCCGCUCGCGAUGCCGACAACCGCAGCCAAGAGUCCGUCAGCACUGAGUACCGCACUAGCCGUCCUGGUAGUACCAAGAACGGCUUCAGCGUUGCUAGCACCCGGGCCAAUAGCGUUCGCUAUCAGCCUCCAACUCCAACUUCGAACCCAGGAAGCCAACGCCCGUCGCGACAAAGCAGUCCCAAGCGCAGCGACAGUAUACCUCUUGAAGAGGCCAAGAUCGCGCUCCGACGCUUGGCUCGGGAACACGAAGAAGCCGCAGCCGCCUUGGCCCGAUCCCGCAUGAAGCGCUCCGACUCUUCCAAGGAUCGUGUCGAGCAAAUCGAGACCCGCGGUCGUGUUUCGGAGCGAGUCGGCAGCUAA